GAUAUUAUUAUAGACAUAAAAUCUCAAAUUUCCAAGGUGGAGAGCAGCAGUCAUGGCAUUCAAUGGAGGUUCAAAUGAAGAUGAAAUUCUCAUCAAUGAUGACAACGACCUUCCAUCGAUCCUCAUCCACCGCAACCCUGCCUUUAAUUUCCUUCCUUUGACUAAUCUAUUGAAGAACCAUUUUCGCUUACUGGAUCCGCACCAGUCUCCUGAUCUCCCACUCCACAGCUUCUACUCUCGCCAUGCUCACUCCGUACGCGCCCUAGUCAUUUUUGGGCUCUGCCCAGUUACCGAAGACACUCUUCGCCAUCUACCUUCUCUCAAACUCGUCGUUGGCUCCUCAGCCGGCAUCGACCACGUCGAUUUGUCCGCAUGUCGCCUUCGAGGCAUCGCCGUCACCGACGCUGGCAAAUCAUUUGCUGAGGAUGUUGCCGAUUUCGCAGUUGCUCUGUUACUCGAUGUUCUGCGGCAAGUUUCGGCUGCCGAUAGGUAUGUCCGGUCUGGACUCUGGCAUUCUCUAGGAGAGUACCCACUUGGGUCUAAGAUAGGAGGGAAGAAAGUUGGGAUUGUGGGGCUAGGGAGAAUUGGCUUGGAGGUGGCGCAAAGGCUCUCUGCUUUCGGCUGUAGGGUCUCUUACACUUCAAGAAAGCAGAAGCCAUCUAUGCUAUUUCCUUACUUCUCAAAUGUAUGUGAACUCGCAACUGAAAGUGACAUACUUAUAGUGUGUUGCUCUCUAACAACUGAAACUCAUCAUAUUGUAAGCAAAGAUGUUAUGAAGGCUCUUGGAAAGAAGGGUGUGAUCAUCAAUGUGGGACGCGGGGGCCUUGUAGAUGAACAAGAAUUGGUUCAUUUUUUAACCCAAGGAGAACUUGGUGGAGCUGGUCUUGAUGUGUUUGAGAACGAGCCUGAUGUGCCCAAGGAGCUGUAUGGUUUGGACAAUGUUGUUCUUUCUCCACAUAAUGCUGUUACAACCCAAGCAUCCAUUGAAUCCCUCAGCCUACUAGUCUUAGAAAACCUUAAGGCUUUCUUUUCAGAUAAGCCUUUGUUAUCUCCAGUCAGCUAGAACAAAUUAAUGUAUGUCAUUAUUCCAUUCAAUAAACAAAUCUCCAGGUACACUGUCAUUUCUUAUUGACAGCAUGUAAAUGUUAUAAAUUUAAAACUGCCUUCUCAUUUAA